AUGGGUCUGCUUAAUAAAAUAUUCUUUAAAAUUGGGCUCUAUUCAGCUUCCAAUCCGAUUACAGCAUGCUUUUUCGCAGUUAUGUUGACACUGACUUGCUCCCUUGGUUUUAUCAACUAUAAAUUGACAAAUAACCCUCAAGACUUGUGGGUUCCUCAAUCUUCAAGAGCAAAUACUGAGUAAUCUUUUUUCAAUGAACAAUUCGGAGCCUUCUUCAGAAUCAAUACAUUCUUCAUGGCGCCUCAAAAAGAUGAAAAUGCCAAUGAUGACAUUUUCUAGAAACCUUAUCUCGAGCUUCUUUAUCAUGUUCAGGUCGCUAUUGAGACUGCAACUCAAGAAUUCAAAAACAUUCAAAUUUAACACGAUGAUUUUUGCUACAAGCCUAUCACUGGAAAAGGAUGCAUUGUAACAUCACCUAUGCAGUACUGGUAAACUGACUUAGAUAAACUUCUAAAUGAUCCUGAUGUCAAAGCUACUACUCAAUGUAUUCCACCCGCAGGCGCAAAGGAAAGAGUUUGUUUUGAUAAAAUUGGUGUUCCUGUCAUGUAAUAUACUAUUUUCGGAAAAUUAGCAUGCCAAGGCGAACAGCAGUCAGCUUGUUCACUUUGCAGAGUUCAAGCAAGCGCCUUACAAGCAACAUUUUUGUUGAAUAACAAUCAAUAUCAAUACGAAUCAGCAGACGAGUGGGAGAAAUAGAUCUUUAUUGGAAACAUCAAGACUUUCAACAAACUAUUCGGAUACAAUUCUGAUCUCUUAGAUGGCAUGUCCUACAAUAAUACUCUUUAUAACAAACUAAAGGAAGUUAAGGAAAAAUAUGAAUCUGAGAAGUUCGUGUUCAUACCAAUUAAGAUUGAAUUUUUAGCUGAGAGAUCAAUUCCAGAUAAUAUUGAACUUGAGGGCACUCAAAAUGCUUACAUUAUCAUCAUCUCAUACAUAAUGAUGUUCAUCUAUGUUUCAGUAUCUAUUGGAUUCUUCCCAUCAGCAGUAUAUAACAGAUUCAUACUUGGUUUUGCAGGUAUUUUCGUAGUCAUUUUCGCCUUGAUUAUGGCUAUUGGUAUAACUUUCUAUGCUGGUAUUCCUCUUACUAUGAUUUCGGCUGAAGUCGUGCCUUUCUUGAUUCUUGCUAUUGGUGUUGAUAAUAUGUUCUUGAUCUCAAGAGCUGAAAGAAGUAUUCCAGAGCAUGUUACUCAAAUGGAAUUAAGAGUUGCUUAUGCCCUAAAGGAAAUAGGACCUUCAAUCUUUGCUGCUGCUUUCUGUGAAGCACUUGCCUUCUUCAUUGGUAUGCUUACAGAUGUACCAGCUCUCUACUCUUUCUGUUUGGUAGCUGGUUUAUCAGUAAUUGCUGAUUUCAUCCUUUAAAUAACACUUUUCAUCGCUGCUCUCACUCUUGACGGUAAAAGAAUCUAAAAUAAUAGAGCUGACAUUCUAUUCUGUAUGAAGAUUGACAAAUAAAAGAAACCAAGAAAGGAAUGGAUCAGAACUCUUUUCGAAAAAUUCUUUGUUCCUUUCUUAUUCUAUCCCUUAACAUAAGUCGUUGUAUUCGGCAUUGCAAUUUGCUUGUUUAUCAUUGCUGUUUGCUCUUGCUUAAAACUUGAAUUAGGUCUCAAUCAAAAUGUAUCUUUAGUUGAGGACUCUGAUACUUUUAACUAUUUCAAUGUACUUUUCGAUUAUGGGGCUGCUGGUCCUCCAGGCUAUCUUGUUUUCAAGAACAUUGAUUACACAAAUACCACCAAUUUGGAAAAGUUGUCGGAGAUGCAGGUUCAGCUUGCUCAAUUAAAUGGCUCAGUUAUUUCUCCAGUUUAUUCAUGGGUAACUCCAUUCUAACAAUUUGUCAAGGGAGGAGAUUGGUCUGAGGAGUGCGGAACCGAUAAAGCCUAAAUCCUAGACUUUGAUGAGCAAGUUAAACUUUUCGUACAAAUUAAAGUGCAAAGCAAGUGUUGCCAAUAAUACGGUAUUUGCGGAGAGUAAUUCAUUUCAGACAUCAAUUUUGAUGAUAGUGGAAAAGUUAGUGCAACAAGAUUUAGAUUCUCUCAUACCCCUGUCAGAUAUUAGACUGAUUUCAUUAAAGAUCUCAUCUUGACUAGAAGAGCUACCGAUCAAUUCUCUAAAUAAUUGAGUACUCGUAAAGACUCUACAGGCAAUAGUCAGAAACUCUUAAAUGAAUAAGACCUAUCAUUUACUCAAAGACUUUUAAACAAAAUGGGUUUCAAGCAACAAAGUUUGGUUGAAUCUGAAACUGAGGCACCUAACGCCUUUACCUACUCCUUGUUUUAUGUUUUCUACGAUCAAUACACCUACAUUAGAGGAGUCCUUGCUCAGAAUGCUAUGCUUGGAACUGCUGCAAUCAUCCUGGCACUCUAAGUUCUUGGAUCACUUCAAAUUGCUCUCAUUAUCGGAUUGUGCGUGUUCUUAGUUCUUUUCGAAUUGAUGGGAUGCAUGUGGAUGCUGAAUGAAGUUCUUGGCGGCUAUCCUAUUGAAAUGAAUGCAGUCUUUGUAGUCAAUUUGGUUACCUCACUCGGAUUUGGUGUUGAGUUCUGUAACCAUAUCGGAAUGAACUUCAUGAGACAACCUGGUGACAAACAGACUAGAGCUAUGAAGGCUCUCUCCGAGAUGGGAAGUUCAGUUCUUGUUGGUAUCGCAUCGACCAAGUUCAUUGGAGUUGUUGUAUUGGCUUUCGCUCCAUCUACAAUCUUCAAGCUUUACUACUUCAGAAUGUAUCUCUUCAUUAUUCUCUUGGGUCUAUUCAAUGGACUCUGCUUCUUACCCUUGGUUCUUAGAUGGAUCGGACCUCAACCAGUAAGAAUUUUUCUACUUUAUAAUUUGAUUUUUAGGAUCCUCUUGAGCUUAAGGAGCACUAGCAAGAUUUGUUGGAAUUUGAAAAACUCAAAUAGCUUGCUAGAAAUAAAAAAAUGA